GCGCCUUUCCCAACGGCGCAAAGGAGCGGCUUCGAAAGUGGGUAUUUCCCCUGCGGAGGGCCAGGAAUCCUCCCCGAGCCCGCGCGCGCGACCCGCCGGUGCGCCGCGGCCCGCGAAUGGAGAUCUCCUCUCACCAGUCCCACCUCCUGCAACAACUGAAUGAGCAACGCAGGCAAGAUGUCUUUUGUGAUUGCAGCAUUCUGGUUGAAGGGAAGGUCUUCAAAGCACAUCGAAAUGUACUAUUCGCUAGCAGUGGCUACUUCAAAAUGCUCCUUUCUCAGAAUUCGAAGGAGACAAGUCAGCCAACCACGGCUACAUUUCAGGCUUUCUCCCCGGACACUUUUACGGUUAUCCUGGACUUUGUCUAUUCCGGCAAACUCUCUCUUACUGGUCAGAACGUCAUAGAAGUGAUGUCAGCUGCUAGCUUCCUUCAGAUGACUGAUGUCAUUAGUGUAUGUAAGACCUUUAUUAAAUCUUCACUAGACAUUAGUGAGAAAGAAAAAGAUCGCUAUUUCAGUCUCUCUGAUAAAGAUGUCAAUUCUAAUGGUAUAGAACGUUCCUCCUUUUAUAGUAGUGGCUGGCAAGAAGAAGGCAGUUCUCCACAUUCUCACCUAAGCUCGGAUCAAGGGACAGGUAUAAUAAGUGGAAAAUCUUGGAGUAAGUAUAAUUACCACCCAGCCCAAAGGAAUACUCAACAGCCUUUGGCCAAGCAUGAACAAAGGAAAGAUUCCAUCAAAAAGUCCAAACAUUUGAGGUUGUCACAGCCUUCUGAAGUUGCUCAUUAUAAGCCAAGCAAACGAGAAGCACGAGCAUCAGAUUCUUCCAGCCACAUUUCCCAAUCUGAAGAACAAGCACAAAUUGAUGCUGAUAUGGACUCAACUCCUGUUGGCUAUCCAUAUGGUCCAGGAUCUGAUGUCACAUCCAGAAGCUUUCCAGAUGAUCUGCCCAGGAUGCGGUUCAAGUGCCCAUACUGCACACACGUGGUGAAGCGAAAGGCAGACCUCAAGCGCCACCUUCGCUGCCAUACAGGAGAAAGGCCCUAUCCAUGUCAAGCCUGUGGGAAAAGAUUUAGCAGGCUAGACCACCUCAGUAGCCAUUUUCGAACAAUUCACCAGGCAUGCAAAUUAAUCUGCAGAAAAUGCAAACGCCAUGUGACCGAUCUAACAGGGCAAGUGGUCCAGGAAGGAACCAGGCGCUACAGACUCUGUAAUGAGUGCCUUGCUGAAGUGGGCAUAGACAGCCUCCCCAUCGAUUUGGAAGCUGAACAGCAUCUUAUGUCCCCAUCAGAUGGAGAUAAGGAUUCCAGGUGGCACUUGAGUGAAGACGAGAAUAGAUCAUACGUGGAGAUUGUAGAGGAUGGGUCUGCAGAUCUGGUCAUACAACAAGUUGAUGAUAGUGAAGAAGAAGAUGAGAAGGAAAUAAAGCCCAAUAUUAGGUAGCUGACAUAUGAACCAACAGAGCUGGCAUGUCUGCAACUUACACUGACUUCCUGUAUCUUUCUCUUUCCGUGGUCAGAGUCUGGUUCACAAACUUAUCAGACUCAUUUAACGGUAAUGACCUAAUAUAACUUGCAUGCUUUCUAAACAGGUCAUUUUAUCCAUUCUGAACUUUGUUGCCCUAAAAUAUGUUGCUGCACUGGAAAGAAAGACCUAGCUUAAGUUGGCAUGAUGGAUGAACGGUUAAUCCUCUUCCUUUUAUUACAGAGUUACCUUUUUUCUUUUAAUAUUGAACGAUCUACUUAGCAAAUGUUUCUCAAAGAAAAUAUUUUAAAUAAAUUUACCACAACCAAACUUUAUGUAAGAUAAUUUCAAGGUGUUCCAAAAACACAAACUACCAAUACUGAAUUUUCACAGGGAACCAGGUAAGAGCACAUUUAAGGGUCUGGCACCCUACCUGACUGAACUAAUUAAUAAGUCUUUCUAUUAAUUUCAGUUCUAAAACCACCUUUCAGUAUCCCAAUAUCCUAGAUAUUGUUUUAGGAUUAUGGUAGGUGACAAAUCUAAAAAUAUUUGAAACCAUUCAUAGUUUGAUUUUUUUUUUGUCAUUAAGUUAAAGAUGACUCUUUUCUAGUCAGUAUUGUUUUAAAACACACACACACAAAAACCUAAUGUAGUGGCAGAUGGCAGAUUACAUAUGGACAUCAUCUUCUAAAGCAGGAAACAAGUACUGCCUAAAAGUCAAGGCAGUUUGUGAAGAUCUGUCAAUAUAAUUAAUUCUCUCUAAAGGAAAAACAAACAGCAAAAAAGCCAAAAAAUGAUAAACAAGAAAAUUGGAGGUUACUAGUUCUUGAGACUAAUUUCUAACAUUUAUUGUUCUUCUAUAUUAUUUCUAAAGUACUCUCACACAUUUUCUCAUCUAAUCAGCAAGGUAAAUAUUAUUGUCUCUAAUUUACAAAUGAGGAAAUUAAUAAGAAAGUUUAAGUGAUGGGACUGAUGAUGGACAGGUUUUGACUUUAAACAGCCCUCUCUCCAUAUCAUCUUCUGAAGUGGCAAAGAAUUGAAGUCAAACCUCACCAAUCUGCAGUAAUUAGAAAAAAGCCUAUUAGAAUUAGAAAGUAUGAAGGAGGAACUUCAUAAUCUUCAAGAACACAUAAUAACUUGGACUAGAGUUAUCCAAGAGUGCGCAGUGAUGUCCCUACAGAGUCUACUGACAUGUUUUUAAUGUCAGAUUAUUUAUGUGUAAAUGUUAUUAUAACACUCUUUGAACAAGUUACUCUCUUACAUGCUUUAAACAUUUUUUUAAUCUUGUUUAUAUAAUUUUUCAAAACAAACUUUUCUCCUAGGAUACAAAGGUGAAUUGAAACUAUCUCCCUGUACGGGGCGCCUGGCUGCGACUCUUGAUCUUGGGGGUUGUAAGUUUGAGCCCAAGUUGGGUGUAGAGAUUACUUUUAAAAAAUCUUCAAAAUUAAAUAAACUCCUCCUCUGUUUGAAUUAUUAAGUAUUCUAAAAGUACAGUUAAAUCAGAGAAGCAUUAUUUUAGUUCAGAAGAUAAAAUCUGAAUCCUGGAAGAACUGUCCUUACUGAGGGUUGCUACAGAUUAUUACAGUUAGGCUUGAUAUAAUUUAAUUUUGAUAGAGGCUCCAUGUAUUAUACCGUAUUUCUAAAUAUCAUGACAUCCCUCAAGAUGAUACUUUUCAUUUUAUUUUUUUCUCUUAUUCUUUAAUUAAUGAUUGUCCUUAAUAUUGAUUGGAGAACUAAAAUGGUUAAUUUCUAAAACAUUUUUUACAAAUAGAUGAAUAACCGUUUGUUUUUGUUUCAUGGUACUUAAUGCUGAGACCUUUUCAAGAUUCCCCUGAUGGUAAAUUUCCAGUUGCUUCAAGACUGGAUGGUAUGAACCAAGUUCAUUGUUCUCCCAGCAUGACUGUUCCUGAAUCAAGAGUCUUAACAAUUAAGUCAUAUCCAAAUAAGGGAGGGAACACGUGUUGUUCUUUAGUCUCGCCAGAUGGUAACAUCUUUUAAAAUUAUUACAUGAAUUUUAGUCCAUGGAGCCAAUAGGAAAAAUGAGUGAUUGGAGCUUUAUUCAUGAGAAUGAAGUAGUGCUUGCAUGUGUAUGCUCUAACGCACUUUAGUCUGUAUCUAAAUGUUCUCUUAUGCUUCUGCAUGCAAACAUCAGCAUGAAUGUCAGCAAAGUCCACUGAACACAGUGCCACCAGCACCUGUACAGUUACCUGAAAUAAUGCUUCCUCAUUGUUUAUAACAAACAAGCUAUUCCCCACAAAACAGCUAUCAAGUUCAUCAAACUAGACAGCAUAUCUGUUCUACCAUUUUCAUAUCAUAAAAGAACCUUUGUGACAUGUUUGUAAGUUGUAAAUAAUAACCCGUUAUCAUAUGUAUCUAAGACAUUAGAGACCAAUUAUUUCCUAGAGUGAGACUGUCCACUAAUGGUUUCCAAAAAAACAAAAAAUUCUUUGGCUUUUAAAUAUGGGGAAAUGUUAAAUAGGGGGAUAAGAUAUAAUCUGUUACGAUAAGCUUUAUUUAUGCCAAGGAUUUUUUUUUUUAAUAUUAGCAAGAUAGUGGGAGUUGGUCAGAACAAAGUUUGCUCUUAAUAGUAAAUGCUGUUUAUCGGCUUCUGAAAACCCUUCUAACUCUGUGGUCCUCAAGAGGGUGUGGUGAUGGGAAAAAGUUUUACAAAAUAAAGCAACAUUGUAGUCAUGCCUAGUGGCUGGAGGAAGCAAAAUGGAGUAGAUCAGUGGUUUAAGAGAUUUUUUUCUUUUUGAACCAAGAAACUCUUUCUUCAAAUGAAUUGUAGAGAAGCUCACCAUUUAAGGGAGAAACUCUAAAAUCAGAGGUACUCUUGUUAUUACCCCCUAUGAGCCUUUCACCAGACACUCCUGCAGAGCUCAGGAGUGCAGCACUCAAAACCUUGGAACUGGGGAGCUUUUUGAAUUCCCGUUGAGCAUUGGGGGUCUCACUUCAUUACCUCUAUUACUCACUGUGCUUACAGGCUGGUAAUCAGAGGGUCACAUAGAGCAACAGAUCACAUCCUUGGUCUGUACAAUGUUCCUUCUAUAGUUACCAUGUCUCAAAACUUUUGAAAAACAAAUGUUUCAACUGCUUAAUGGAUGAAGAAAGUUUGGUGUGUCAAUUAGGAGCUCAGAAUUGAAUUCAUUAGAGUUACUGUGCAAAGUGAGGCUAAGAUAUAUUGAAAUUUCCACUAUUGGAGAUAUAUAUGUAUAAUCUCCUAAAUUAAGUAAUACUGUGGAAAUGUCAUACUAUGGAAAAAUCACUAAAAGCAAUAUAGUGUAAGAUGUAUUUAACUGGCAAGGGUGAUAAUAGGUGUUGGAGGACCAAACUAGAUUAUAAAUGGAAAGUUCUAUGUUAUGUUAUAUUAAAGUGGAUCAGUAUUACUAUUUAUCACUUAUAUAGCAUUUUAUAUUUGCAAAGUAUUUAAUAAUUUUUAUGUUACUCUUUACAUAUCUAUGAAAUAGGACAGUUAUCUCACAUGAAAGGUAAAGAAAUUGAGGCACAGAAUGGUAAAGCAACCUCCCUAAGGCAACCCAAUGAAAAAAUGGCAAAAAUAGGAAUUAGAAUGAUCAUAUUUUCUGAAUCCUAGCAUAUCAGCUUAAUUCACUGAGGUGCAUUGUGUAUUACCCUAUUUUAUAAGAUGCCUUUAUACAAAUAAUAGUCAAUUGUCUUAAAGUUGACGUCAUUGUAUGUGAGUAAAUCCUA